AUGGCUUCGAUGGGUGCUCCAGGAAAUAGGAAUCCUUUGGAAGUAGUGAACGUUGCGCCUUAUUGCUUAAAAAUUCAUGGGCAAUAUCAUCAUUUGACCUCGACGGCAAUGCGUCCAGCAGAAGGAGAAGCUCCACGUUUUGCACAGCUUUAUUUUAUAGAUACUGAAGAAGCUGUAAAUCAAAGAUUAAAAAGAGAAGCAACUACAGAUUUCGAUGCAAGUCUGAUGAGAGAGUUGACAAUUCUCAUGGAGCAUGACAAUUUAUUAGCGAGGACGUUUAAGAUGAUGCGUCAGAUAGAAAUAGAUUUAAAUCCUCAGGGUAUUCAAGCACCAAAUUUGAUGUUGUCGUUCAGAAAAGAUCCGAAAAAAGAUAAAAGAAGGUAUAAUGCUCCAUGUGCAAAUGAAAUAGCCGUGGUCUUUAAUAAUGUUGAUGGUGAACCUCCAUUUGAGAGGGACAUUAGGAUAUAUAACAAAAAUUCAAACGAUGUCCAACAAAUUUCAAUUCUGGAUAAAAGGUGUGACCCAAUGUGUUAUCCUUUAUUAUAUCCAUAUGGCACCGAUGGAUGGCAUUCUGAAAUGAAAUCAAAUAAUCCUCUAUAUCAAGGAUAUAAAAUUUCUCAGAUGAAUUAUUAUGCUUACUUGCUGGCACCUAGAAAAGAAUUUAGUCAAUUUAAAAUGGCAGGCAAGUUGAGAUGUCAAUUCAUACUAGAUGCCUAUAUGAAAACUGAGGCUAACAGACUUAAUUAUAUUAAAUUAAAUCAGCCGAAGUUAAGAGCAGAAUUGUAUUCAGGGUUAAUGGAUCACUUAGAUAAUCGAGAACAAAAUGAAGGAAUUAAAGCUGGUGUACCAGUAAUAUUACCAUCAUCAUUUAUGGGAAGUCCAAGGAACAUGCAAGAAAGAUAUCAAGAUGCAAUGUCUAUGGUGAGAAAGUUUGGGAAACCAGAUAUCUUUUUAACGAUGACAUGCAAUCCACAGUCUCUGGGAAUUAAGGAAAACCUUGAUGGAUGCCAGGUAGAAUAUCGUCCAGAUUUAGUAGCAAAAACAUUCAACUUGGAUGUAAAAGAACUAAUGAGAGAUCUAAUGCAAAAGGAAAUUUUCGGAAAAAUCAUAGCCUAUGUAGGCGUAAUUGAGUUUCAAAAAAGAGGACUGCCACAUUUGCAUUUACUUGCAAUGUUAGGUGAUGAAGAGAAGCCAAGAGAUGAAGAAAUAAUAGAUAAGAUGGUAUGGGCUGAAAUCCCUGAUGAAGAAAGGUAUCCAGAGCUUCAUGCAAUGGUUUUACGACAUAUGAUUCACGGACCAUGUGACGAAACAUCGAGAAGAUAUCCUUGCAUAGGGGAAGAUGGAAAUUGUACAAAAGGCUAUCCGAAAGAAUUUAGAGAGGAAACAAAAGCAAAUGAGAAUGGGUAUCCCAUGUAUCAAAGAAGGAAUACAGGGAAAAAAUACAAGGUAAGAGGAAAAGAAAUUGAUAAUCGAUGGGUAGUGCCAUAUUCGCCAUAUUUAUUAAUGAAAUAUGAUCGGCACACGAAUUUGGAAAUAUGUUCAUCAGUAAAAAGCGUUAAAUACUUAUACAAGUACAUUCAUAAAGGAUUUGAUUGUGCUGCCAUUGAGGUGCAAGCAAGAGAUGGAACGAAACUCAUUAAAAUAGAUGAGGUAAAAUCAUUUAUGGAUGCAAGAUAUGUUAGUACACCAGAAGCAAUGUGGAGACUGAACGGAUAUGAAAUGUUUAUGAAGUCUCAUACAAUAAUAAGACUGGCAGUUCAUUUGCCUAAUCGCCAAAUGGUAUAUUUCAAAGAGGGAAAUGAAGAGCAAGCAGCAAUAAGUGCGCAGAGAAGGGACACUACACUUACUGCAUCGUUUAAAUUGAAUCAAGAUGAUGAAAGAGCGAGGGAUUUAUUAUACACAGAGAUUUCGUCACAAUAUGUGUAUGAAAAGAAAGAAACAAAAUGGAAAUUACGUCAAAAAGGAACAGAAAAGAUCAUUUCAAGACUAUAUAUAGUAAGCAUAAAAGAUAAUGAAAGAUAUUAUUUACGAAUGCUUCUUCUACAUGUUGCGGGAGCUAAAUGUUACGAGGAUCUGAGAACUGUCAACGGAGUUCUUUAUGAGAUGUUUAAAGAUGCGGCAAAAACAAGAAAUUUGAUAGAAUCAGACGAUCAAUGGGACAAAACGCUAGAAGAAGCGAAAGAGAGCCAAAUGCCUGCACAGAUUAGAGAACUAUUUGCUUAUAUUUGCAUAUAUGGAACGCCUAUAGAUGUACCAACACUUUGGAAUAAAUAUAAAGACGCAAUGAUUGAAGAUUAUGUACAUAAAAAUAUGAAUAAUCCAGAAAAUAUAGCUAUGAAUUAUAUCGAGGAAAUUAUGAGAAAUAAUGGAACUAGCUGCAUAAACUUCAAAUUGCCAAAACCGAAGUCAUUGAAAAUUACUAAAAUAGAAUAUAAUUCAGAUGAGGAAAGAAGUAGAGGAGAAGAUUUAUUAUUGACAUUAAAUGCAGAGCAAAAGCACGUGUACGAAUUAGUAAUGCGAGCAAUUGAAAAUGAGAAUGAAGUCAAAAGAUUAUUUUUUAUAGACGGAUUUGCUGGAAGUGGAAAAACAUACCUGUUUAAUACAUUACUAAGUGUAAUCAGAGGAAGAAACGAGGUGGUUUUACCAUGUGCGUCAACAGGCAUAGCAGCAACACUUCUAAAGGGAGGAAGAACAUAUCACAGUUUGUUCAAGCUAACAAUACCAAUAGAUGAGAGAACGAAAUCAAAUAUCAGAGGAAAAACGCAGGAAGCAAGACAAUUAAUUUCUGCGAAACUAAUAAUAUGGGAUGAA